GGGAGGUGGGAGAGACAGAGGGAGAGUGUGCUGUACAGCAGCUGUCGGCAUCCCUGUCUCAGGGACUUCUUUGCUGAUUCACAGAGGCAGCCCAGCCCCAGCUUCCCAGCUUCCAGCUGCCGCCUGCUUCUCAGACCUGAUGGAAUCAGAAGCUACAUAAUAUCCCAUUGUGUGAAUGGCUUUCAUAAUAGAUAAUAUUUGCAUAUUUACUAAAUGUUAGAAACUAGAAUUAAUUCCUUGCAACAAGGCUAUGAGGUGCUUAAUGCUCAACAGUCAGUGCACUGCCCAUCCUCACCCCCCAUGAGCCUUGGUUCUGAUGCAACCUAUGGUCAUGCAGGGAUGCCCUUAUACCCUCCCACGAUGUCAUGAGUGGCGGGCAGCUGACCAGUUCCAUCACAGCAGCAGCCUCCGAGGCACCUGCCCCCAGGCUCAGGUUAGAGCUGCCAUCACCACCCCUACGCCUCCUCAGGAUGGUGCUGGGGUUCCCUGCCUAAGCCUAAAGCUGUUGAACAGGUCUGUUGGUGCCACUGGACCCUUAGAGCCACCAGCCAUGAAUCUGUGUUGGAAUGAAAUCAAAAAGAAGUCUCACAACCUCCGUGCUCGCUUAGAGGCCUUCUCCGACCACAGUGGAAAGGUUCAGCUGCCACUUCAAGAGAUUAUUGACUGGCUCAGCCAAAAAGAUGAGGAGUUGUCAGCUCAGCUGCCCCUACAGGGGGAUGUGGCCCUGGUGCAACAGGAGAAGGAGACACAUGCGGCCUUUAUGGAAGAAGUCAAGUCGCGGGGCCCCUAUAUCUAUUCUGUACUGGAGUCGGCUCAGGCCUUUUUAUCCCAGCACCCAUUUGAGGAAUUGGAGGAACCUCAUUCUGAGAGCAAAGAUACCUCCCCCAGACAGAAGAUCCAGAAUCUUAGCCGCUUUGUGUGGAAGCAAGCAACAGUGGCCAGUGAAUUAUGGGAGAAGCUGACAGCCCGCUGUGUGGACCAACACCGUCACAUUGAACACACAUUGGAGCAGCUAUUGGAGAUCCAGGGGGCAAUGGAGGAGUUGAGCACUACUCUUACCCAAGCCGAGGGAGUCCGAGCUACUUGGGAGCCCAUUGGGGAUCUGUUCAUUGAUUCACUCCCAGAGCACAUCCAGACUAUUAAGCUAUUCAAAGAAGAAUUCUCCCCCAUGAAAGAUGGAGUGAAGCUGGUGAAUGAUCUAGCCCACCAACUUGCCAUUUCUGAUGUGCAUUUGUCGAUGGAGAAUUCCCGAGCCCUGGAGCAGAUCAACGUCCGGUGGAAACAGCUACAGGUGUCAGUUGGAGAGAGGCUUAAACAGCUCCAGGAUGCCCACCGGGACUUUGGGCCGGGGUCACAACACUUCCUCUCCUCCUCUGUCCAGGUUCCCUGGGAAAGAGCAAUUUCACCCAAUAAAGUUCCCUACUACAUCAACCACCAGGCUCAGACCACAUGCUGGGACCAUCCCAAGAUGACAGAGUUAUACCAAACCCUAGCUGAUCUGAACAACAUUAAGUUCUCAGCUUAUCGCACUGCCAUGAAGCUCCGCAGAGUCCAGAAGGCCCUGCGCUUGGACCUGGUAACUUUAACCACAGCCCUGGAGGUCUUCAAUGAGCAUGAUCUGCAAGCCAGUGAGCACGUGAUGGAUGUGGUGGAGGUCAUCCACUGCCUGACCGCCUUAUAUGAGCGGCUUGAGGAGGAAAGAGGCAUCCUGGUCAAUGUGCCACUCUGUGUGGACAUGACCCUCAACUGGCUCCUCAAUGUUUUUGAUAGUGGUCGCAGCGGAAAGAUGCGGGCAUUGUCCUUUAAGACUGGCAUUGCAUGCCUGUGUGGCACAGAAGUGAAGGAAAAACUUCAGUACCUCUUCAGCCAAGUGGCCAACUCAGGCAGCCAGUGUGACCAGCGCCACCUUGGUGUCCUGCUUCAUGAGGCCAUUCAGGUGCCCCGUCAGCUGGGUGAAGUAGCAGCCUUUGGGGGCAGCAACGUGGAGCCCAGUGUUCGUAGUUGCUUCCGUUUUAGCACAGGGAAGCCAGUCAUUGAAGCUUCCCAGUUCCUGGAGUGGGUCAACUUGGAGCCCCAGUCCAUGGUGUGGUUGGCUGUUCUGCAUCGGGUCACCAUUGCUGAGCAAGUGAAGCAUCAGACUAAGUGCUCUAUCUGUAGGCAGUGCCCCAUCAAGGGAUUCAGGUACCGGAGUCUGAAACAAUUUAAUGUCGACAUCUGCCAGACCUGCUUCUUAACAGGCAGGGCUAGCAAAGGCAACAAGCUGCACUACCCCAUCAUGGAGUAUUAUACACCGACCACAUCCAGUGAGAACAUGAGGGAUUUUGCCACAACCUUAAAGAACAAAUUUCGUUCAAAGCAUUAUUUCAGCAAGCACCCUCAGCGAGGUUAUCUGCCUGUGCAAUCAGUGCUGGAGGCUGAUUACAGUGAGACGCCGGCUUCUUCCCCAAUGUUGCCACAUGCAGACACACACUCCCGCAUUGAGCAUUUUGCCAGCAGGCUUGCUGAGAUGGAAAGUCAAAAUUGUUCCUUCUUUAAUGACAGCCUUUCCCCAGAUGACAGCAUAGAUGAGGACCAGUACCUGCUGCGGCACUCCAGCCCCAUCACAGACCGGGAGCUGGCCUUUGGGCAGCAGGCUCCAUGUAGCAUGGCCACAGAAAGCAAGGGGGACCUAGAGAAGAUCUUGGCCCACUUGGAAGAUGAGAACCGGAUUCUCCAGGGAGAGUUGAGGCGCCUGAAGUGGCAGCAUGAGGAGGCUGCUGAGGCACCUACCCUGGCUGAGGGCUCCACCGAGGCAGCAGCAGACCAGCACAAUGAGGAGCUUCUGGCCGAGGCUCGGAUCCUUCGGCAGCACAAGAGCCGCCUGGAGACACGCAUGCAGAUCCUUGAAGACCACAAUAAGCAGUUAGAGUCCCAGCUGCAGCGCCUGAGGGAGCUGCUCCUGCAGCCACCCACCGAAUCAGAUGGAAAUGGCUCUGCAGGCUCGUCCCUAGCUUCCUCUCCACAGCAGUCAGAAGGCAGUCACCCUCGGGAGAAGGGACAGACUACCCCAGACACAGAGGCUGCAGAUGAUGUGGGAUCAAAGAGCCAGGAUGUCAGCCUGUGCUUAGAGGACAUCAUGGAGAAGCUCCGCCAUGCCUUCCCAAGUGUGCGAAGUUCUGAUGUGACAUCCAACACUCUGCUGGCCUCUUGAUGAGCAAGAUCCCCAUCCUAUAGUCCAUAGUCCUCUCCUGGUUCUGGUCAAAGUCUUCCCUCAGACUUCACCCAACCUUUUUGUCCCCACUGGCCCCAUGUUCCUCAAGCAGAGUUAUUUGGGCUCUGGGCAGCAGCAGGGAUCUGGUGGUAUGUGAGGGGUGUGUGUUUGGGAGGGGGGUGGUAGGGGAAGGGGAGGCAUGACUCCUAUAACUCUAAAAUGUUCCCUUUAAUCCUCAACUUUGAGACCAUUCUUUUAAGUACUCUUCUUUUACAACCCAGGCAAACAGCACUUAGCCAUUCAGAUGGAGAACAGAGAAGCUGCCUUGCUGAGCUAAGUAGUGCCAUUGGCCCCUUUCCCUUCUCCAUGAAAUUAUGGAGAGGCAGAUGCCUAAUGGCCCCAGGAGUCCAGCAUUAUGAAUCCGCAGGCAAUAGCCCUACUCUCUGGC